UUAAUAUUAUUUCUUUUGUUUGAUGUUUACCUGUAUUCUAUGGAUGAUAUGAUUCUAACUGUGAUGGCUUAUGACCGAUCUGUUGCCAUCUGUCAUCCCCUUCAUUACAUAGUCAUUAUGAACCCUCAGGUGUGUGUUAUUUCAAUUUUGUUGUCUUUUUCGGUCAGUGUUUUUGAUUCACAACUGCACAAUUUGAUUGCCUUACAAGUUACUUGCUUCCAGGAUGUGGAAAUUGCAAAUUUCUUCUGUCACCCUUCACAACUCCUUAAUCUUGCUUGUACUAACACACUCAGCAGUAACAUAGUAAUAUAUUUUAUUGGUGUCAUGCUUGGCAUUUUUCCUGUCCUAGGAAUUAUUUUAUCAUACUGUAAAAUUGUUUUCUCCAUUCUGAAAANCCCCUCCUCAAGUGGGAAAUAUAAAGCUUUCUCCACCUGUGGUUCNCAUCUGUUAGUAGUUUGCUUAUUUUAUGGAACUGGGAUUGGUGUGUACCUUGGGUCAGCUGUGUCACAUUCUCCCCGAAAGAAUGCAGUGGCUUCACUGAUGUACACUGCAGUGAGCCCUAUGCUUAAUCCUUUCAUCUACACCCUGAGGAAUAGAGAUAUCAGUAAUGCCCUGAAGAGAUUCCACAGUAGGUUUUCCUAA